AUGAGGGUUGACAACGGUAUCGAUGAAGUCCUUCAGGAGGGCGGUGUUGACCUAAACUCCAUUGAUUAUUGCAUCUGGUCUCACGCUCACUUCGACCAUCGUGGUGACGUCUCCGUCUUUCCAAAGUCCACCUCCCUAAUCGUCGGCCCUGGGUAUCUCUCCGACAAGGAGAGACACGGAGGCGUUGGCGACCCUGAGGCGGCGCCAGAGUUUGAAGGUAGGCCUUUGAGAGAAGCCCAGUUUGACAGCGAUUUGAAGAUUGGCAAGUUCCGAGCCCAAGAUUUCUUCGGCGAUGGCUCGCUCUAUCUUCUUGAUGCUCCUGGUCAUCAACCAGAGCAUAUUUGUGCCCUGGCUCGUACGACUCCAUCAUCGGCGCCAGAGGGUUCUACAUUCGUCUUCUUGGGUGGCGAUAUUUGCCAUUUCGCAGGCGUCUUCCGGCCGGCGCCAGAGGCUCCAUUACCAGAUGAGAUACCCGCUGACGCCAUCUCGAAGCGUCACGACUGGGCCUCCAGGUCUGUAUGUCCGUGUACUUUCUUCACACCUCAUCACCCCAAUGCGAAAGAUGAAGAUUCUGCUCGCACGACUUCAUGGUACAAGCUCCCGGAGGGACGCCAUACUGUAUACACAGACCUCGAGGUAGCCGCAGACUCAGUGUCGAAAAUGAGUGAGCUUGAUGUGAUGGACAAUGUCAUGGUCUGUCUCGCACAUGAUUCUAGUCUCCUGGACAUUAUGCCGGUGUUCAACAAGCAGCCUGGAAAAGACAUAAACAAGUGGAAGUCGGAAGGUUGGAAGGCAAAGACAUACUGGAGUUGGCUGAGUGAGGUGGCUGUUGAUGGAAAGAAGGCUCAGGAGCCUGUUGUGGAGGGCUUUUGGAAGGACGGCAAACAGUGGGACUAUGAGGCACAUAAAGCUUCUCUAUGA